ACGCACAAAGCAGCAAAAAUGAAUGGCCUCAACCGGCAAAAGCAUUUCGUUCUCAUUCACGGGACAUGCCAUGGGGCUUGGUCUUGGUACAAGCUAAAGCCACUGCUUGAGGCUGCCGGCCACCAGGUCACAGCGUUGGACCUGGCGGCUUCUGGCAUCCACAUGAAGCCAAUCCAACAAGUUCAGACACUAUCUGACUAUAGUCAACCUCUGUUGGAGUUUUUGGCUUCACUGCCUCAAAAUGAAAGAGUUAUCCUUGUAGGCCACAGCUUCGGAGGCCUGAAUUUGGCUCUUGCCAUGGACAAAUUCCCUCAGAAAAUUGCUGUUGCUGUUUACUUAGCAGCUUUUAUGCCUGAUACCCUUCAUCAGCCAUCUUAUGUCUUGGAUCAGUACAACAAAAGGACCCAAGAUGAAGCAUGGAUGGAUACACAACGUUUACCCUACAGCAGCUCUCUGCAGCACAUGACAACAACAUACUUUGGGCCAAAGUUCUUAUCUUCGAAGCUCUAUCAACUCAGUCCCACUGAGGAUCUUGAAUUGGCCAAGACUUUGGUGAGGCCUUCGUCGCUGUUCUUGCACGAUCUCUCUCAGGCAAAAAAGUUGUCUACUGAAGGAUAUGGAUCAGUUAGGCGAGUAUAUGUCGUAUGCCCAGAAGACAAAGCAAUUCCUCUUGAAUUUCAGCAGUGGAUGAUUGCAAAUAAUGCUGUUCAACAAGUGUUUCAGAUUGAAGCUUCGGAUCAUAUGCCCAUGUUUUCUAAACCCCGUGAACUUUGUCUUUGUCUCUGUGAGAUAGCCACGAAAUAUGCUUAAAAUUAUUAUUAUUACAAGAUCAGUAUCAUAUAAGAUCUUGUCAAGUUGGUAUAUGAUGUACUGUUGCCUGCUAGGUUUUCU